AUGGCGGAGAUUGAGGACGAAGCAGGGUUUGAAGCCAUGCUCAACUUUGUCAUGAACCAGUGGCGGAACGUACGUCAAAGGAAGGGAAUCGCCGUUUCCAUCCCUCCAGAAGGUAGUCGUACAGACGCCCGCUGGACUGUAGUCAAUGGCCCUGGACAUUCUACAGGCGCCUUCACGGAGGCCCAAGUAAAAUCUGAAUUCGGUAUCAGCUCUAGCGAAGACGACGGAGAUGGAGGUGAUACAUUAGAUCAAGGACUUCAAGAUAAAGGCGUAAAGACCCGUCUGAACCCAAAAGCAAAAAAAAAUGGGGAGACCACACAGAGGAAAGACACGACUGCCGGAGAAAAAAAAAGGAUCGACAAAGGCGUCCUCAUGAAGCCUGGAAAUACGGAGAAAAAGAAGCCGAAGUUUAAAAUCGUGAAGAAUCCAGUAUUAAUCCUGGACCCGUUUUUCAUUCUACCCACCAACCUACUGGAUGCCUGUAUCAAGGUGUUGCCAGUGGCGAACACCUCGGACACGGCCAUUUCAAUUGAUAAUUCACAAGCCUCAAGUCAAGGAACCAACCCACAAACAAAUUCGGCUAGAGGUGAUGUGGAGACAAUAGUAAUCAAAGACGUAGGAUCUUUUUCGAGGGCUCAGAUCGAGAUCGCAUCCAGAAUUUGA